GCAUCCAGAGCUCGCUCUGUUUGACCGUACAGGUCAAAGAGAUUUACCAUAUCGGGAUUACCAAGUUCGAACAAGUCAAUCUCUCCAAUCCUCGCGUGCUCUCUUCUUUUGAUUAUUCCUAUUCCUGCAUUGAUCCAACACUAUGGCUGAGGUUACAACAGACGCACCAAAGCCUGCUGAAAAAACCCGGUUGAUCAGUGAAGCCGAUGUAACAAAGUACAAGACUGCUGGUGACAUCGUGAACGAUGUUAUGAAGAAGUUGAUCCCACUCUGUGUCGAGGGCGCAAAGAUCAUCGAUCUUUGCAUUGAGGGCGACAAGUUCAUCGAGGAGGGGACUGGUGGAGUUUACAACAAAGCCGCGAAGGGCGUUAAAAUGAGCAAGGGUCUUGCAUUCCCCACUUCCAUUUCUGUAAAUAACACCGUCGCCCAUUUCUCCCCCCUGGCAUCAGAUCCCCUAUCAUCCCAGGCCCUUGCUAAAGGCGAUGUUGUAAAGCUCCACAUCGGUGCACAUAUCGACGGUUUCGCCGUUAUCAGUGCGGAGACCAUUGUCGUCGGCGCAUCUGAGCAGGAACCCGUGACUGGCAGAAAAGCAGAUGUGCUCAAAGCAGCUUGGCACGCAGCUGAGAUCGCCAUGAGGCUCGUAAAGGUCGGAAAUAAAAACUUUGCAGUUACCGAUGCCGUUGCGAAAACUGCAACAGCUUGGGAUUGCAAGCCUGUCGAAGGCAUGCUCUCUUGUCAGCAGACGCAAAAUGUUAUCGAUGGCAAGAAGCGCAUCAUUCUCAACCCGAACGAAACACAGAGACGCGAUACCGAGUCGAUCACGUUCGCGGAAGACGAGGUCUAUGGAAUUGAUAUCCUUAUUUCUUCAGGAGAUGAUGGCAAGGCACGUAUCGAGGAUUCUCGGACGACCAUCUACCAAAAAGAUAGCUCAGUAACUUAUCAAUUGAAGAUGAAGAACUCCCGUGCUGUAUUCUCUGAAGUGCAGAAAAAGGCUGGUGCCUUCCCAUUCAAUGUUCGUGCGCUGGAGGAUGAGAAGAGAGCAAGACUUGGUCUUCAAGAGGCCGUGCAACAUGGCCUGAUUAAGCCGUAUGAAGUGGUGUACACUCCUGCAAACACGUUUGUGGCAGCAUUCCACUUUACAAUCGCAUUAGUCCCUGCUGGCCCACUGCUGUUGACUCACCCACCGGUGUGGUACAAGCCGGAGCUGGUGAAGACUGAGAAGGAGUUGGAAGAUGAUGAGCUCAAAGGCGUGCUGUCCAAGUCCCUUCGUGAGAGCAAAAAGAGUAAGAAGAAGGCAAAGGAAGCCGAGGGCAACGACGCUUAGGAAGCUGAAUAAAAUUACGUGUAUAGUAAACGAUCGCAGUUCGGCUAUCGGUGAACUUUUCUUCUGUACCAUGACAUGACAUGGGAGCUCUGCCUCCCUCACAAACCGUUGUUUUCCUGAUCAUCACGUAGAUAUCACUCAUUUUCGUUCCGAGUCCUCUCCAAACUCGCCGAUAGUUCGGGCGACUAGAUCUACAUUCUCCAGAAAGCCAUUCGUCGUCAGCCUCGCCAGUCGAACAGUCGAAGUUGCGAAUGACCUGCGUUUCGUUCAAUAUCAUGUGUGAUGGGCUUUGGACCUCUUGUGAA